AUGAGACUGCCGGUAAAAUCACUUUGUUGCCUCGAGUGUGUCUCUAAGACCUCUUUGAACAUAGUGGGCAGCCCUCAGUUUGCUGCACAGCACACUCGACGUUUAUUGAACUCGUCUUCUGCAGUUGAAGUGCCUCAACUUAUGCUUCUUGCACGAUACUCUAAUCUGCAGCAUUGUGCAAUAAAUUUGCAGUCAUUGAAGUACAAUGGCACUAGCUGCUCGACGAAGACCAAUUUUGCUGAUAUCGUUUUCAUGAACGAUUGGUAUAGGUACGAGGUAGAAUUUGUCUUCAGCAAUUUGUUUGGAAUUAGUAGGAGACUGAGUGUUAAUAGAGAGCUGUGCUACUUGGUCAAUCCUCUUAGGGGAGAAGUCCUAGAGCUCCCGAGAAGUGAUGUCAAAGCUCCAAACUAUAAUGGAUAUGAUCCAUGCAUUCAUGACCGGUACGGAAUGGGAUUUGAUCAUGUAAGUAGUACCUACAAGAUUGUUCAUAUUUCCGAAUAUGCCUAUGAAAUUUCCAGCGACAUAGCCGCCCGAGUUUAUGCGAUGGGAACAAGAUCAUGGCGACCGAUACAAUCAGUUCCUCUGUGUCAUUUCAGCAACAAGAGUGUAUAUGCGUAUGGUGACAGGCAUUGGUUGGUUGAAGGUGAUAAAAGCCCCAAUAAUUUUAUUGUUUCCUUCGAUUUCAGAAAAGAUGAAUUCUAUUGGACUCACCAUCCCGACUUGCAGGCUUCUUCUUCUCACAGAUUUUGGUAUGAUUUUCAUUUGCUUAAUCUCAAAGGAUCUUUAGCCAUCAUGGAUUAUUGUUCAUAUCCGGAAGAGUAUAUUAAGAUAUGGGUGCUGAAAAAUUAUGACAAAAAAGAGUGGGCGCUAGAUUACACAAUAAACAUGAAAACGUUUGUAGGACGGCCUAGGGGCACGUUAUUGAAAUGGGGUGAAUGGGAAAAUGGCAUUUUUACCAUUCAAAGUGGUGUCUGCUACUUUGUGGAUCUCAGACGUGGUUCCAUGAAAGGAGUAAAACUGCCUCCCAGCAUCAUGAAUUACAAUCUUUGGACCGCAGAGCAAUACGAACAAAGUAUAUUCAGUUAUACAGGAAGUAUGGUUUCCCUAAAGAAUUAUGGCAAUUUGAUUGAAGCAGCAAGACCAGGCAUGUGGUUUCUACAGUGA